AGCGUACGGCAACAGUAGAGCUGUGUGACGACUGAGGUUGUCCUCCAGAACAGACCCAAAGGAACCUGAGAAAGACACGAACACAGAUCUGUGGGUGCCAUAGGAGAAGGCAACAUCAACGCCCAAAAACCGACAGAAACUUGUAAGAGAGAACCAGUUAACAAUUACUCAGUUUGCUGAUGCAGAAAAAGGAUUAAAAGAAACUCUACUGGACAAAUAAUAGAAGAACAUAAAAUUGCAAAUUCAUUGGAUCGGAAGGAAUAUUUGUAAAGGUUUAGCAGAAGAAUUUUGUUGAAUCACCUAAUUCAGAAUCCUGAUUAAGUUCCAUGGAAGAAGAGCAUCAAUAUUCUGAAAGUAGUGAAGAACUACAGACCCAGAAACCGGAUGGAGAAAAUCAACAGUUGCAGCAUCGAUACCAAAUACCUGGAGCUGAAGAGAAACUAGUAUUACAAUUUAUGGAUUCAGUGCAUAACUACUUAUCUCUCUUUGAUACAGUGUCCUCCACACUACGACAGGGAUGGUUUGACUUGGCAAGUGCUCGACAUUCCAUGGGUGCUGCUCGUAUUAAUAGUUCUUUAUUGGACCUGAAAUUCCAUUCAGCUGCCACAACAUUGAAGAUAACCAACCAUGAUGGUACACAACCAUGCUUCAUGUUGCGUAAAUGGGUAUCCUCUGAAGAAGAGAGUACUAACGAGUUAGAAGACGAGAAUGUCCAGCCACAAGAUAGUAGUAGUGUGAAAUCUUCCGGACUUGCAGAUAAUGCUGACAAUCAAAAGGAGCGAUCCAAGUCCCUAUCAGUUUUUGGAGUUUUAAUUUCGCCAAAGCUUCGAGCCUCUCAGCUGUCAUUUGAGAAAGCACUAGAGACACUCGUAGAAAUAGCUAAUAUGCAAUCAUCAUUGUUAUAUUCUUUUCACCAACUUCAGAAGGUGGAAGAUGCCAAAGAAUGAAAAGUACCAUACCAGCUCCUUGUGGCUACUGCUGAAAUGCAUCGCAUUUGGAAAUAUUAUUUCAGUAUUGGGAAUCCAGCAUUCGCUGGUUUGAUGUUCAAUUUAUUGAUGUAUCAGAAGACAGUGAACACUUCCUUCAUUGUGCUGCAUAUAUUCUAACAUUGGUUAAUGGUUGGUUACACAUACUAAGAGGGAAGGGAACCUGGUGUACAAACAGUUUAGGUUGAAUGAUUAAUUUACUAAUGGAAAAUAUUAUCAUUUUAUAGAAA